AUGAUUUCAGUGGUAGGCAUGGGCGGGAUUGGUAAGACCACUCUUGCCAAGAAAGUAUACGAGAAUGACUCAGUGAAGGGAAACUUUGACUGCCGAGUUUGGAUCACUGUGUCUCAAUCAGACAACAUGCAGAAGAUACUCAUGGCCAUGACAAAGCAAAUCCACCAGGCAAAAAAAUUGGCUCCAGGGGAAAUAGACAUGAUGGACGAAAUCACACUAAAUAGCCAGCUGAGGCAAUAUUUUGAGCAAGAGAAGUAUGUUGUGGUUUUUGAUGAUGUCUGGAAGUUACAGUUUUGGGAAAUUGUGAAACAUGCUUUACCAUGCAAUGACAGAGGCAGCAGGAUAAUAAUCACAGCCCGCAGUGAACGUGUUGGUGCUUGUUGUAAAGAAUCUUCCUCCGAUCGGGAUCGGGUACACAAGCUGCAACCUCUAUCUCAGGAAAAGGCCUGGGAAUUGUUUUGCAGAAAGGCAUUUCAAUGUGAGUUUCAGAGGCGUUGUCCCAGGGAGUUGGUGAGAUUGUCGUUGGACAUUGUCAGAAAAUGUGAGGGCUUGCCACUUGCAAUUGUUGCCAUAGGUGGUCUUCUGUCAACAAAGGAGAAGGUUCCAUUAGAAUGGCAAAAGUUGUAUGAUGGUCUCAGUUCUGAGCUAGAAAGUAAUCCCCAACUUACAAGUAUUACAAAAAUUCUCUCUCUCAGUUAUCAGGACCUGCCUUACUACCUCAAGUCUUGCUUCUUGUACUUUGGUCUUUUUCCGGAGGACUAUUCAAUUACUGAUUCAAGAUUGUUUCGGUUAUGGAUAGCUGAGGGUUUCAUAAAAGGAAACGAGGGCAAACAAUUAGAAGAGGUUGCAGAAGAAUAUUUAAUGGAACUCCACAGAAACUUGGUUCAAGUGUCAUUCGGAGAGCUUGAUUAUCAGGUACGUAGAAAGUACAGAAUCCAUGACCUGUUACACGAAACCAUCUUAUCAAAGGCAGGAGAGUUGAAUUUCUGUCAAGUUUGGCAGGCAGAUGACUCAAGUGUCAAUGGGAAAAGCUGGUGCCUAUUAAUCCAUGAUGCUAGAGAAAAUGUCUUAGAGACCAUUGAGUACUCUCGGGUUCGUUCUAUCUUUCUUUUAAGCAUUACUGCAAUCCCCAGGUCUUUCCUUGUCAACUUGUUUAAAAAGUUCAAGCUUUUAAAAGUGUUGGAUUUUGAAGAUGCUCCUAUUGAUUAUCUUCCUGAAGAAGUGGGGAAUUUGUUCCUCUUGAAACACUUAAGUUUGAGGAAUACAAAAGUGAAGAUGCUUCCUAAGUCGAUGGGUAGGCUACAGAACUGA